CGCCGCCGGUCGACAUGAGCGGCGCGCUCAGCGACGGCGGCAGCGGCGGCGCGCCCGGCUCCGACAGCGACCGCAAGCGCAAGAAGGCGCGCACCACCUUCACCGGCCGGCAGAUCUUCGAGCUGGAGCGCCAGUUCGAGCAGAAGAAGUACCUCUCCUCCUCCGAGCGCGCCGAGAUGGCCAAGCUGCUCAACGUCACCGAGACACAGGUAAGCCACGCGCCGGCCCUACGCCCUGUAAGUACACACGGCGCAUUCCAGCCCGGGGAGCCGGCAGGACAGGCGACGGCGACACCGCAGGUCAGCCGCUCUGUGCUUCGCUCUGGAAUUCACGACACGCUGCUGCUCGUGCCCUGCCACGGCGUAGAAUCUCCAUCCCCGGUACCCCUUACGUAAUUACGGUAGUUAAGCACUCGUGGUUACUCGCUGGAAACGAUCUUCCUGACGGAAGUUCACAUGAGCACCAUCAGCAUCCUCCGAAUGGCAGAAAAAGUCAAAAAUUACGUAAACGUGCAUAAUCAAACCUUUUAGAUUUCA